AUGCACGAGAACAGCAUAAUAGCCAUUAUAGUCGUCGCCGUCCUCGGCUCGAUUGGCGGCGGCGGAUUCUACGUCUAUUACCUACGAUCGAGCAUCAGGCAAGAGUCCAUCAUGGCCCGCGUCGGAUCCGAGAGAGAACGAACAAAGCAGCUGAAAGCUUUUGCCGCUACAGUGGAACAGGCGAGAAGGGAAAGCCAGGCCCGUGACCGUGCCCGAGCCCAUGCUCCAAGUCGUGCCCCAAGUAAACGCAGCCGUGGCCGCAGCCGUGCUCCUUCAAGACGCCGAGAGCCUUCCUUGGAUAGGGAACAGGAUCAGAACAGAGGCAGGCAGGGCAGUAAAGGGAACAAAGCACAACAGCAGAAGCAGCAGAAGCAGCAGUCUAGGAAGAGUUCUAGGCGGGCAAUGCCGUCGCGCGCUGGUUCUGUGCAGCCUGCGCAGGAGGCAUGGGGGGCAUCGGAUGGGAUGGCCACAACUGGAGGCCAGGCACAGACUCAGCAGGACUGGCCUGCGACUGGGAAUACUGGGGGAGGGGACCAGUGGGGUGAUCAGAACCAGAACGAACAAAACCACCACAACAGUCCGAGGAAUAGCUAUAAUGGAGGGGACCAGUGGGGAGAACAGAACCAACCCCAGGACGAUCAGAACAAUCAAGGCGGCAACUGGACUUCGGACACGCCGGCUGAUGGGCAGGCCGAGGGCUCCGGAUCAAAUGGAGAUGAUUGGGGCAAUAACAACGAAACCAGCAACAAUAAUGAGCCUGAAACUGGAGAGGGAUGGAGUGGUGACAACAACCAGAAUGACGCUUCGCAGGGCAAUUGGGGAAGUGGCAACAAUGACAACAAUGACGGACAGCAGCAGGAUAAUGGGGAAUGGGGUGGUUCGGGAGAAGGAGCGCAACAGGCUGCUCAAGACAAUGCUGGUACGCACUGGUGA